AUGGCGGCGGCGGAUGUGGCGUACGCGCCACCGAUGAAGUCAGGCAAGGCUGGGUUCGAGGCCGGCCUGAUGGAUCCGCAGCACAGGAUCCGCAUCACGCUCUCCUCCAGGAGCGUCAAGAACCUCGAGAAAGUCUGCGGCGAUCUGGUGAAGGGUGCCAAGGGCAAGGAUCUGAAGAUCAAGGGCCCCAUCCGGAUGCCUACCAAGGUGCUCCACAUCACCACCAGGAAGUCUCCCUGUGGUGAAGGUACCAACACCUGGGAUCGCUUUGAGAUGAGGAUUCACAAGAGGGUGAUUGAUCUCAUCAGUACACCAGACGUGGUCAAGCAGAUCACCUCGAUCACCAUUGAACCAGGUGUGGAGGUUGAGGUGACUAUCAGCGACCCGUAA